AUGCCGACUUUCUUCCUCCCUCCAGACUUCGAUUUCAUGCCCCUAGGGGGUGCGGCGUUGCUCGGGACAUACAUCUCGACCAUGCUGUAUGGAUUCACUACGUUUCAAACAUACCGAUACUAUCAGCUCAGCUGGACCACUGACACAAUGUUCCUCAAGCUUUACGUUUUCAUCAUCUGGAUCCUCGAGACUCUGCAUACCGCCCUGUCGAUCGCGUUCACAUUCCGUUUCGCGAUUGUCAACUACGGAAAUCUUGCAGCAUUCGAGGUCACCAAACCCUCUGACGAUGCUGUCACUUUCUCCACAGCGGUCAUAUCGUUUCUAGUCCACCUGUUCUAUUGCCGAAGACUGUGGAUUCUUAGCAACAAUUCUUUCGUCCUUGUUGGGGUUGUGCUGAUCCUGUCCUUCGCCAACUUCGGAAUGGAGCUAGCUACGGGCGCAUUGACCUUCGUGCACCCCAAGUUAUCAGACUUCCACCUCAUCACGCCCUACUACACCGGCAGUCUCUCCUUGGCCGCAGCGGUAGAUAUCAUCAUCGCAGCAUCCCUGUCUUAUCUGUUGUACAGGCAUCGUGGAAUGAUGGAAAGCACCAACACAAUCAUUACGAAAAUCACUGCGUACGCCAUCACAACCGGCGCUCUCACGACCGUGACCAACAUUAUUAUCCUCAUAUGCUUCGUCACCAUGCCGGACAACCUGUGGUACCUCUGCUUCUACAGCUUCAUCCCAAACCUGUACACGAACUCGUUCCUCGCGAUGCUCAACUCCCGCGCGGGCCUGCGCGCCGAGACGAAGCACGUCUUCACCAGCACCGGCGUGGGGUCCGACAGCAUGCAUUUCGCGCGCCGGACCGGGAUCAGCUCCGGGACGGUGCGGGUCGGGGUCGACGUCGACGUCGACUCCGCCUCCGACUACGCCAAGUUCGGGCGCGGGCAGAAGGACGCGUCGCGGGAUGACAUUGAGAUGCGUGACGUGUAG